UGCCCCAUGCAUUGUUUCCCCUAUAAAAUGUCAAACUAUAACUCUUGCUACCUCAAAUUAAAUUAAUGAUGCUUCUUCGUAGCUCUUCAAGUCCAUUACUCAAGCAACAAUAUUAUUCAUGUCUCCCACAAGAACCAAAAAAAUACUUGUCAACAUUAUCAUCACUCUCAAAAUUAGAAUGUAAUUCAGUACAAAAGAAGAUGUCUAGAGUUUUAUCUGAAACUGAUCUCAAUAGGGCAUCAUCAUCUAAUUCAAGCAACUCAUGUUGCAUGGCCUUGCACAAUCUACUACUUCCUACCACAUUUGAUGAAGAGGAUAAAGAAGAUGAGCAGAUAGGAUUGACAAAUAGGUUGAUGUUACUUUCAAAUUCCGGGUUGGAAAUGGUGGAGAGACAUGAAGUUGAGGAAGAGAAACACACGAGGGCGGUGGAGCAACUGGUGGUUGACGGUGGUGGAAGUGGAGGAGACGGUAGAGGAAAAAAAUGUGGUGGUGGUGGUGGUGGUGAUUCUGAUGGAGAUAGUUCUGAGUUUAGUGUUGAUUUGUAUUACACAAAGAUGAUUCAAGCUAAUCCUGGGAACUCACUACUUCUUGGAAAUUAUGCAAGAUUCUUGAAAGAGGUGAGUGGAAACUUGGUGAAAGCAGAAGAAUAUUGUGAAAGAGCAAUGUUAGCAAAUCCAAGUGAUGGAAAUGUACUUUCAUUCUAUGCUGAUUUAAUUUGGAGAACACAUAAAGAUGUCCCUCGAGCUAACAACUACUUUGACAAAGCUGUUAAAGUUGCACCAAACGAUUGCUAUGUGUUGGCUUCCUAUGCUCACUUUCUUUGGGAUGUAGAGGAUGUAGAAGAAGAAAAAGAACAAGAACAUAGACAAUAUCAAAUGAAUGAUAAUAAUUUACCUAUAUAAUGUUGUAUAUAAAAUAUAAAUAAUUAACCAUGCUAACAUUUUUUUAGUUUUUUUUUGUAUAUCUUUUACCUUUUUAGGUAGGUUUUCCUUUUUAAUUUUUCUUUUUUGCCUUGGCUACUAAAGUAUUUUGAUGAGGUUAAGUUAUUGCUCUUUCUUGGCUUGAUUGUAAUUGAGAAUGAAAUAAAAAGUCGACUUCUAAGGAUA